AUGUCUCUCGUGGAUGCUUCUCGCGAGGACGUCGGCGCGCCGCGUCUCCCGCACAUCAGAUCCGCGCACUGCACCCGCACGGAAGCGCGACACGCGCGGUCUCUGUCGCACCAAGUGGUCGCACCGGUCGCUCAAAAUGUCGCCGAAGCCGCUGAUUCGUCGCAGCCGCGUUCGGAUUCGGAAAGCGGGGGAUCGACCCCUCCGCAUCAUCCGUCGCAGCUGUGGCAGCGGCGCAACUGGCAGCCCGCCGCGUCGCUUCAGCUCGACCCGCGCCGCCAAUCCUCGCCGGCCGAAAAAGCAGCCUUCGGCGCGGCGCGCCAUUCAAGGAGCGCAAGCGCCGCCGGGCUGUUUUCCGCGGAUUUUGGCGGCGCUCGCCCCGAUCGCGGUGCGAGCCCCCAUGGAGCAGCCGUACGUCCCGCGGGGAGCGCUCGGCGGGCAACCCCUGCGGAUUGCGCAACUGUCGGCACGGCGGAGGGGCGCAGCGUCGGCGCGCGACAAAUGCUCGCUCGGUCGCACAGCGUCUCGGGUGGCGCGACGUCGUCAUCAAAGGGAGCCGUUGCGACGGGCGCGGGCGUCGCACACGCAGGUGGCGCGUCGCAGGGUCACCGCGAGGCCAUCUCGCGUCCCGUACGCGGCGCUUCCGCGUCACCGGUGCGCGUCGCCGCCAUCCCCGCCAUUUCGGGGGGGAGGCAACCGGCGGGGGGGAGCAGCGAGUCGGCGGCGCGGGGAGCUGGCGCAUGUGGCGGAACCGUCGCCUCAGGUAGCAGCGCCGUGGUUGGCGGAACUGGCGUCGGCACAGGCAGCAUCGGGACGCACGCGCGCACGUUUCGGCGGAGUGCGAGCUGCGCGUUCAGGGCGGGCGGAGAAAGCGAGGGGGAUUGCGGCGAGCGCGCUUUGCGGAGGGGGCAGAGUCACGUAGUAAGGGGCAGCAGCAGCGGCGACGGCGGAUGCCGCAUUGCGCUCGUGCGCGCUGACGGCGGAGCGUCGGAUGCUGCCGCCGCCAGCCCUGCUAGCAAUCGGCGCGCUGGCGGCGCCGCGUUUCAGCGCGUGUUUUCCACUUCGUCCCUCGAGGAGCCCUUCCCUGCCGGCGCCGCCCUUUCCCCCCCGCGCGCGUCCCCAACUUGGCCCCCCGGGCACGCGCGCCGCCACUCCACUUGCGCCAACUUCCGCGCGCUCAGUCCCACCGACCGCGCGCUCCCGCGGAAGACCGCGGGGGCAGGGUCGGCUGGCUCGAGCUCAAGCGCUUCCGCGGCGAAGGCGGGAAAUGCGCCAGUCGCCCCUACGGCGUCUGUCGCCGCCACUUCCGCGCAGGUUCACGCGGCGGGGGCGCCCGCGCCAGCGCCGAGCGCGGAAAGCCCUCCCGGCGGCGGGACGCCGCCGGCGGCUUUUCCGAGGGGAGCGGGCGUGGGCCGCGCGGGGACUCGGCGGAGCGCGUCGCUGGCGUCGUUGGCGGAAUGGCAGCAGACCGGAGGAGCGGAGCCCCGCGUCGCGUCGCCAAAGCCCGCCCACUCGUUUCCGCCCCGGUGCGCGUCGUUUGAGUCGCAGGACCCCAAGGCGGCGGGACCAGCGAGUGCCGUUCUCUCCGCGAGUCACAGUCCGGGUCACAGGCGCAGCAACAGCCAUGCCGUUGGCGGCAAUGGCAACCGUGGCAGCAGCCAUGGCGCGCCGAGCGUGAGUCCGCGACGACGCGCCAUGCUGCCGCCGCCCUCGCCCACCCACCACCACCACCAGCAGCCGCAGCACCAGCAGCAGCAGCUGCCGCAGCAGCCGCCGCCGCAGCAGGCGCGGCAGAACGGCGUGUGGCGGCCCCCGCCUAUCUUCACGCGGAUCAGCGCGGACGAUGAUGGCGGGGAGGAUGACGAUGUGCCUCUAGCGGAAGCCGUUCCCCCGCUUGUGUCACACUCGCCCAGCUCCCCGCAUGUAACCGCCCAAGCAGCGGAAGCAGCAGCAGAGGCGGCAGCGGAUGCAGGCGCGAGCGCCCCCACCCCUUCCCCCCGAUCCCCCCUCGCCUGGUCCUCCCCGCGCCUCGUCUCCCCCCGCCCCCCUUCCCCCUCUCACCCGCUCCCCCACUCCUCAAAGGCCCCCAGGCUGCCGCGCCUCUCCGCCUCGCCCGCGCCCCCCCUCCGCCCUCCGCCGCCCGCGCCCGCCCCACGCACGUGCCCCGCUGCUCCUCCGUGCCUACCGCAGCCCUGUCGCAGGUUCGGGUGCCUGCCGGACCUCCAGCCUCGGUGCGACGCUCGGGAUCCCGGUCCAGUGAGUGGCAGCUGCAAGGCUCGGUGGGCGGGAAGAGUCAACCGGAGGGUUGGUCCGAGUCAGAUGGGGAGAGCGGCAGCGUGA